AAGAAACCCCAGGACUUGUAAAGAAGAAGGCAAACAAGGUCGAUGAGACCUUUCUCUUUGCAUGACAGCUGGCGGGAUUAGGCACGGCACGGGGCAGGGCCAAGCUUCCCCAGCCUCCCUCCGCGGGGCCGUCCAGCUACAGGUUCCUGCCGGCGGGGAGAAGCAUCCCUCCAUCCCUCCUUCCCUCCCUGCCAUCCCGCAGCUCGGCUCCGCAGCCCCGGCCGGCUCUGCUCCGGGCUGGCGGUGCACGGGACGCCUCCCCCGAGGGAGGCGGAAAAACUGAAAUGAAAGAGAGAGGGGGAAAAAAGCGAGGCUCCGGCCGGCUCCUUCCCGGCGCUGGGCAGGGCGAGCAGCCCGGCGGGGCAGGCAGGGCGGGCGGCGCGGGGCGGCUCUCGCCGCUCGGGGAGGGCUCUGAUUCAUCACCCCGCUCGGAGGAGAGGAUGGGACGCCGUUGAAGUCCCCUUUCUCCCUCCUCCCUUCCCCUCUCCGCCAGGCAAGCCCCCCCCUCUCCUCCCCCCUCCGCCGCUCUUUCUCUCUCCCCAAGCAGUGAGGCUCGGACGGCGCUCGGCUCCGGCGCUUUAUUCCGAGAUGCUCGGCCAAGGUCUUUGCAGAUAGAUUUUAUCUGAAGUUAAGGAGCAGGCGCUCGCCGCUCCCUCGCCGAUAAGGCAUUUUUAAUAGAGACAAAUCGCCCUGGACGCCCCGGAGCGCCGCUGCCGCCGCUCCUGCCCGCGCCCCCCGCCGAAGGCUAGCGGGCAGCCCGGGCAGCUCCCUCCUCCCGUAAGUGUCCUGCUCGGCUGUGUGCGGAGAAGGGGAGGCGAGGGGGGGACGGACAGCCUGCCAGCCGCCCCGCCACCGCCGGAUGCCCAGCGGCCGCGGGACGGCCCGGCGCGGAGCGCGGCCAGGAGAUGCGCAGGGGCGGCGGGCUGCGCCGCGCCGCUCGGCCCCUCUAGGCUCGCCCAUGGAGCGCCCCGCGGAGCCCCGGCCGCCGUCGGACCCCCCACGCCGCUGGUGAGAGCUCCGCUCGUUCUGUAAAGUGGAUGUCAGGUGGAUCUAUGUUCUGGAAGGAACAAAGAGGCAGCGAAGGCAGCGCGGGGGAAGUUUGAGCGGCGAGGAUGCAGGCUGUCUACUGGUACGCGGUCCUUCUGCUGCAGCCCACCCUCUACUUGGUUACCUGUGCAAAUUUAACAAAUGGAGGAAAAACAGAACUUCUAAAAUCAGGAAGCUCCAAAUCCACACUAAAGCACAUAUGGACAGAAAGUAACAAAGACUUGUCCAUCAGCCGACUGCUGUCACAGACUUUUCGUGGAAAGGAAAAUGAUACAGAUUUGGACCUGCGAUAUGAUGCCCCAGAAACUUAUUCUGAGCAAGAUCUCUGGGACUGGCUGAGGAACUCCACAGACCUGCAAGAGCCUCGACCCAGAGCAAAGAGACGGCCCAUUGUCAAGACUGGGAAAUUUAAGAAAAUGUUUGGCUGGGGCGAUUUUCAUUCCAACAUCAAGACUGUGAAGCUAAAUCUGUUAAUAACAGGGAAAAUUGUUGACCAUGGCAAUGGGACGUUUAGCGUUUACUUCAGGCAUAACUCCACUGGUCAAGGGAAUGUAUCUGUGAGCCUAGUGCCCCCUACAAAAAUAGUGGAAUUUGACUUGGCACAACAGACAGUGAUUGAUGCCAAAGAUUCCAAGUCCUUUAACUGUCGAAUUGAGUAUGAAAAGGUUGACAAGGCUACCAAGAACACACUCUGCAACUAUGACCCUUCAAAAACCUGUUAUCAGGAGCAGACCCAGAGCCAUGUGUCAUGGCUCUGCUCCAAGCCCUUUAAAGUAAUCUGUAUUUACAUUUCCUUUUAUAGUACAGAUUAUAAACUAGUACAGAAGGUGUGUCCUGAUUACAACUACCACAGUGACACACCCUACUUCCCUUCAGGGUGAGGAUGAACACGUGUCUGAGACUGAAGCCUGGGGAAUAAAAGAGGUCAUAUGACAGGGCUGUAACCUCAAGGAGGAAGGCCACAUCUAUUGCCUGGAAUGUGUCUACCUGCUGCUGCUGAUGUCAAAUGGCUGCAAAUAUGUUAGUGGAAAACAAUCUAAUGUAAUUUUUACCCAGUCAGCUCCAUGUAUCAAUCUAGUUGUAAAUCACUAUGGAUUUAAAAUAAAACCAUACACAUACACAGAGACACACACUCUGUUCAGCUCACAUCUAUUGAGAUUUCUGUUAAGGGAGAUUUCAUUGUCUGAUAUCUAAGGUUUCUGGAUAACCUAUCAUCAAGCAAAAUGGAUCAACUAGACAGAGAAUGGUUUCUAACACAGACUGUUAUGGAAAUCUCUUUGAAAGUCCUUUGAAUACAUGCCAAUCAAUAAUCCCCACUCAUGCAUUCUACUGCUUGGAGUAGCUGUACUGGUAAAUAAUGCUGUAGGAGUAAAUACUUGUUAAAACGGGAGAAAUGUGUGUCUAGCGUUCAGUAUUCCUUAUUAUAUGAACACAGCAAAACAUCGUGACUUUUUUCCAGCAUACAGUAGGCACAUUCGAGGUGGCGUUAGGUGGCACUUUUUCCAUGGAACGAGCCUGUUACUAGUAAAGAUGGGCAAACAUUUGGAAUUUACAUGUGGGCAGACAUUCUGGUUUCAUGUUUCUCUGACUCUUUAUGCUCUGAUUCUUUAAACCUGGUUGAGUUUAGGCAAGCUAAGCUAUUUAAAAACCCUUCAACUGAUCUUUACAAAGGAAGAUGCCUGGCGGAGAACAUGUAAGUUAUAAGUGGCUGUCUUAUCUUUAUUACAAAAUAUUGUAACAAAUUCAAUAUCCUAGUCUUCAUUUGUAUGAAUGGUUUGUAUUGUACAUAAUUUAACCAGUGUUAUUUGAGCUGCAUAUUAAUAUUAACUUGUAAUUGUCUCUCUGCUUGUUAUUGGUUAAAAGCAAUCAAGGAAAUGAGGAAUCCAUUUUAUCAAUGUAGCUGUAAACUCCAUUAAAAGACAGAACUAUGUACAAAGCAUUUAUUCAGCUAAAGUAUUGUUGAAAGCUAUACAUAUACAACAUUACAGUCUGUCUGUAUUUAGAUAUUUUAUUUCCAGACAAAAAAAAAAAAAAAAAGAACUGUACAUAAAAAUAAAAUAUCUUAAAGUUGAGUUUCAAUAUGUAUUGUGUAGAUAGUAUAAAUGGUUCUGAAAAGUGGGUAAUACUCCACAUCUGACAUGGUUUUCAGUCUGUCUCUUUGCAUAUGUACAUAUAUAUAUUUAUAACUCUGUGUGAGGGCAUGUUUGUGUGGGUACAUAUACACGUGCGUGCGUGCGUGUGUGAAUACAUGUAGACAUAUAUUAAGAAGAUAUAAAAACUUCUCAGGCCCUUUUCCUAUCAAGCAGAUUACUGUGAAGGGUCUAGAUAACCUGAGUUGUAGACCCCACUCAGAUGAGAAAUUACUGGAGCAGGACAUUUUUUUAUAUGAUUCAUUAUUGCUUAGAAGUGGGGAACCUUUGCCUUAAUUUUAACUUCCUCUGAGGCACUGCUCUCUCUUUAUGGAAUGAAGAGAUCCCUUUUUAUGGAAUAAAGAGACCCCUUUUUAUGGAAUGAGGGACUUUUCUUCCUAUGAACAAAAAGCUCAUGUCUAUUAUAUUUUUGGUGUGUAUGGUUGCAUACUUUAACCCCACUAUCCAGAUAACCAGCAACAAGUCCAUCCCUAAAGAAGGCUGCCCAAAGAACUCAGCAUUUCAGAAUUAUCCUUCCUGGCAAUGCUUCCUUCCCCCACCCACCCUUAUACCCUGGCUCUGAAAGCUGUGAAAGCAGAUAUAGGUUGGCUUCUAAAUAUGCACAAUAUCAUGAGCAACUUCUCCAAAGUCCCAAUAAACACUCUAACAAUAUUUCAAGAAGUGAGAAGUUGAAAGAACUUCCAGUUAUGGACCACUGUUGCUGAAACAUGCAGAACUUAAAUGAGAAUGAAAUAAAACAAAUGGAUAAUUUUACUGAUAAGUAUAUAUUUUCCAGUGAUGUACAGGUAGUAGAGGAGACUUACAUAUUAUUAAUGCUUUGGCUCCUUCAAACCAAUAUGCUUCUGGGAAUUAUUUCUUCAUUAUAUGUGACUUUUCCCAAAACAACCUUGUGACGCUGGAUCUUAUGUAGAUUUGGGGAAAGAAACGGUCCAAGCCAUACAGUCCAGAUUCUGAUCUCAUUCAGGAAGAUGCUGAGCUACAUUUUUUUUUCUUUUUUCUUUGACAGGAUCUGUGAUAAUACAAGUAAUGUUUCCUCAUUUGUGUUGUAUGGAAAGUAAUUAUUCUGAACAUGAGACACAAAAGUAAUUUGUGCUAUGACUAAGACGAAAAUCUUGGCUGCAUUGAAAUCACUGGGAUUUUACUAUUUAGUAGGGUGCUAAUUUUCAUUUAAUAGUAUAAGAAUUCCAGUGUUAAAUAUGAU